AGCCUGCCUUGCUGUCGUUUUCCGCGCAGCGCCUUCGUUCUCUCGGCCCGCAGCCGGAGGUUUUCGCGCCGUGGCCGCGCUCCCCUCGGGGGUGGCGGCGGUGAGGGCAGCCGUACCCCGGAGGCGACGGUCUCGGUGCUGGUGGUGAAACACAGCGUAGCUCCCAGCAGGGCUUGGUCUGUGGCGGGCUUUUGGGCGCGCUUGUGCCGUACGGGUGGGCUUCUCCAGCCCUCGGUCUCCCUUGGAGGCAGAGGCAAUUCCCUGAAGUAAACAGAGGGAGAAGCGGCAGAAUCGAGCCCCCUGGUUUGUCGUGCUUGUAGGCACCCGUCUGUUCCGUGAAGAAGUUAUUUUAGGAUAUUUUUAAUGGUAUUUGUUGUGUGGUUUGUCCGAUGUCAGGUGACAUAGACGUUAAAGAUAACGUGUUUUGUUUGGUUUUGUUUAGCAGGUCAUUGCUAAUUAAGCGCUGCCUGUAGGGCUUCUGUAACAAGUCUGCUCUCCAGAAGUGUUGCUCGGGGUUUCCUAUGUUAGCUGUUUUCCAAGGUAGUUCAAAGAAAGGUUACGAGACGCUAGGUUAUUUGAAAUACCUUUUAUUUUUAAAAUGGAUUAUGCUGAGGCACACUGAAGGCUUGAGACAAGGUUUUAUUGCUGCGUCUAUCACUAGUUCAUAAUUAGAUGUAAAUAAACUUACUGUUGUGUCCACCAGAAGCGAUAGAUUUAUAAUUCUCCAAGAGGAGUAUCAUAUUAAUAAUCCUUUGUCUUGCUUCUUCAAUUUCUCUACCAUUCCUGAUCACUGUUUAUACCCUGGGUCCCUAUUUACAAUGAAUAAGUUAAUUACAAUGUAUUAUAUAAAUGUAUCUUUACAGUUUGUCACUUCAAUUGCUAAUGCUAAGCAUAUAUUAUUUUGAUAACGUUUUUUAAGAUGUUAAAUCUAAACUCAGGGGAGUUUGGUCUAGAGCAAGGUACUGCAUUUUAUAAAACAAAACUUAGCAGUCUUGUCAAAGUGAUCUUAGACUUGUUGCUACCCCCUGCCCCCUCUGUGCAAUUGGCUUUUGGUGCUGUUUUGCAUAGUUAAAAAUAUCAGUAACUGCUAAGUCGUGUUUUCCUUUGUGAUGGCUUGUUGAGGGAAUGUCUGACAUUUCAGUGCAGCAUUUCUUGCUUUGUUUGCACUAGCUUAUAAGAUGAACAGGGAGAUACUAUGUAUUGCAGUAUAUGUCAGAAGGAAAUUACGCAGUUAGACCUGUCUUUUAGGAGUAUUGUUGCUGUUCUUCCAUACUUGAAAUCUAGCAAAAAAGUUUUACAGAAGUUUGACUGCAUUUGUAUUUGAUUUACUGUGAAACAUGCUUGCAGAACCAAAAGGAUUUGUAGAUACUAUCUACAAUAAUAACCAUGGGCAUAUAUAUUUUGUUUUCACCUCAUUGGAUCAGUUUAAUAACAAGAAAAGCUCCUGCCUAAAGGGAUGGAUAUUCGAGUGGCAAAAUGCCCAUAUAUGCGAAGCUGAGAGAAAGAGAUAAUGCUAUUACUGGGCAUCAGCUUUUUUCUUUCUUUUGGGGAUAAAUGCAUUCAAAUAACCGAUAGCUUAUUUCAUAUGUGAUAGCAGUGUGGCAGGGUGUUUUUUUGUGGCAGGAAAGCAGAAACCAAAGUAAUCAAAAAUGUUAAAUUACAAAUGAUGUGCAACAGGUCUCCCAUCUCCCCCUCCUCCCUCCUAAAUGUUUCUGAAAACCAUAAUUCUUGGAGACGUAGGUGGUUUCUUCCUUGAAGUCCAAAGAACGACAGACAUCAAACUCUGACUGCAAAGAGCACCGUGAUUCAAUAAUAUAUGCAACCAUUGAACUAAAUACACCUGUGUGCAUGUAAAUGCCUUUUUGAACUGGGGCCUGUGGUCCUAAAGUGGAAGGAUUUAAUGCUUAAAAGCAGGGGUUCUGCAGUUGCCAAAAUAAUAGGCAAUAAUGUAAAAAAAUUGCAAAAGUUUGCUUCCACAGUGAAGAUGUGGGUCUUUGAGGAGAAUAUUAAUGGGAGAAAACUGACGGAUAUAAUAAAUAAUGAACAUGAAAAUGUAAAAUAUCUCCCUGGAUACAAGCUGCCAGAUAAUGUGGUUGCUGUCCCAAACCUUAACGAAGCUGUACAGGAUGCAGACUUGCUGGUUUUUGUCAUUCCCCAUCAGUUCAUUCAUAAAGUCUGCGAUGAAAUCACAGGACGAGUACCCAAGAAAGCGCUCGGUAUAACUCUCAUAAAGGGAAUAGAUGAAGGCCCAGAGGGACUCAAACUGAUCUCUGACAUUAUUCGAGAGAAGAUGGGAAUAGACAUCAGUGUGCUGAUGGGAGCUAACAUUGCCAAUGAGGUGGCAGCAGAGAAAUUCUGUGAAACCACAAUAGGCAGCAAAAUCUUGGAAAAUGGCCUUCUCUUCAAAGAACUCCUGCAGACUCCAAACUUCCGAAUAACUGUAGUAGAUGAUGCAGAUACAGUUGAGCUUUGUGGUGCUCUGAAGAAUAUAGUAGCAGUAGGAGCUGGGUUCUGUGAUGGCCUUUGCUGUGGUGACAAUACCAAAGCUGCCGUUAUUCGCCUUGGCCUAAUGGAGAUGAUUGCCUUUGCCAGAAUUUUUUGCAAAGGACAAGUGUCUACUGCCACUUUCCUGGAGAGCUGUGGAGUUGCUGAUCUCAUCACAACAUGUUACGGUGGCCGGAAUCGACGUGUAGCCGAAGCGUUUGUUAAAACUGGAAAGUCUAUUGAAGAAUUGGAGCAAGAAAUGUUGAAUGGUCAGAAAUUACAAGGACCACAGACUUCUGCAGAAGUGUACCGUAUCCUCAAGCAGAAAGGAAUGCUGGAAAAGUUUCCACUAUUCACUGCUGUGUAUCAAAUCUGCUAUGAAGGGAAGCCUGUCAGAGAGAUGAUAUCCUGCCUUCAAAGUCAUCCAGAGCACAUAUAAAAUCAAUCAGGCCAUCGUACUAACGCAGCUUUCUGCCUUUCAAAUUUGGAUCUGGGUUCAAGUGGAUGUAUCAUUAAGCUUUGUUCAAAGCUGCUCACUAGGCAACAGUAACAAUGUGAAUGUCUCGGAAUGGGUAUUUGUUUUUUGUUACGCAGCCUCGUUUGGCAUAGCAUGCAGUGUUGGCUCGGUGAUUGUCAUUUUACUGGCUAAAAUACAACUGUUUUAAGAUGCGCAAUGCAAAAGUUGUGCUACAUAUCUAGUGUGUAUAUACAAGUGUUCUUCGUGUGUGUUCCUACACCAUAAAACACAAUGUGGUGUUGUCUCUUAUUAAGGCCUAGUCCAAAAUCCACUGCACACUGUGGGAAGAAUCCCACUGGUUUUCAUGGAGACUGCAUCAAGCCUGUAACCUUGAAAUAUUAGAAGUCUUUCUAUUAGAACUUGGUUUUGUUCUGCAUACAAAUUGAAAUUUUAACAUUCUGCAUGUUUAUGAUUAUAUUAAUUUAAGCAAUAUUAAUGCAAAACAAGAGGUAGCAGUUAUUUAGAAGGGAUAUUUUAAUGAACUCUGAAGAAUAUUUUGAUUUUUGAAAGUCUUUAAAACUGUCAGACUAUUUUGAAACCAAUUUCUAAGUGAAUUUAAAGUUUUUAAUUACACUGUUUUAAAGGGAAUAUGCUAGAGGGGGGUCACUACCUCCCCUUCUGUUUUUUAAUCCUUGCAUUUUUGUAUUUCUCUUUCUCCUUUGCCAUUGCCAGGUGCUAGGCUCUUCUAGAAUCCCGUUCCCCAAAACAAGUGGGAAAUGUUAACCUGGGGUUUCUGAACCCUGGAGCCUAUGGUUCAUUUUAGUCUUUAGUCAUUUUAGACCACCAUUCUGUGGUCGUUCUUCACUGCUAUUGUUUGGUGGGUGGAGAAGGAUACUCUUGGGUAUCCACUGCUCAGAAUUGUCAUGCUGUGUUUCUAGCUUAACCAUCAGCUAUAAAGUGUGGCAUUCCACACAACACUCCAAGGAAUGUUUGGGGAAUUCCCUGGUAGAUCAUGCUCAUGUUGUCAAAAGGGUUAUGCACUAGUACGCCGACUGCAUUCAUUUCAGUGCCUGCCAGUGACCGACAUCAACUGGACUGUAGACCUGAACCAGCCUCCCCAGAGAAAUGAUGAAUUCUGAAGUUACUCUUUCACUGGACAAAACUUUAAUGGGUGCUAGAUCAAGUCCUUUGUUACCAGUCUCCCAGAAGGCUUCUCAAAGGCAUCUGUCUCUCUUAUUCCCCAGGUAUCUCAACUAGGGAUCUUUGCUUUAUGAGGGAGGUUUAUUUUAUUUAUUAUUGGAAAAUUUGUGAUUUUAUGGAGUUUGAGGAUGGGGUUGGUUUGGUUAGGUUUGUUGUUUUGUUGGUUUUUUUUUUUUAAAAGCUUGAUGCAAGAGAAGACAGAUAAAUUACAUCUGUCUUGCUUUUAUUGUAUACUGAACUGUGUGGUUUUUUUGGUUUGGUUUUUUUUUUUUUUGGUAAAAUAUAUGCUAGGUACUUAAAGAGAGGACUCAUUCUUGCAGCUGGGAGACAAGGGUUAGCGUCAAGGAUUUUUCAGAGCUCAACAAGAAUGCCCAUCCGCUCUGAAUAUCCACUCCAAACCUCUGAGCAGUAUCAGAACUGUUGUUCACCGUUCUCAGUGAUGUUUUUAGACCAGAAAUUGUGAACACAAACCCAUCCUGAAGCUUUAAGUUGUCAUUCAAAACUUGCUAAAACAACGGGGAUGCCUGGGAAUAAUUGUCAUACGUAGCCUGGAUUCCUCUGAAAUAGGUGAGCAUUGGGGCAGCUCUGUGUAGACAGGAAGAUGCUUCAGCUCAGGGGUACCUUUUCUUUUGCUCCUUCAAUGUUUUGCAUUAAUUUUUGGAAGAUCUUGUGAAUGUCAUCAGAUAGUCAUCGAUGAGAACAGUUAUUUUGCCUUAUUUCUGAUUUAGUGCUAAAUAUAACAGAUGGCUAGAAGUUAAGUAACAUCGGAUGUUUGUGGCAAUUGAGAAAAUCACUGGUAGAGCUGACUUGGAGUAAGCACUCUGCUCAGACAAUUAAAAGGAUGUGUUAAGAUUGGAAGUACUGUUACAGUAACGCACACGUGGAGCAUACACUCCUCAUUACUGCAUAACUUUUGGUGUGUCUGCUUAUGCUCUGUGGUGUUUUUUUCAAUACCAAGCUGAUUGGCUUUGCCUUUAUAUGUGUAUAUAUACAUAUAUAUAGAAACUUUUUUUUACAUGCAGUAUGUAGAACGGUAGCAUUUUGUAAGAUACAUAAAGGGCUAUAUGAGCUAAAUGUGGUAAAUUAAUAUAUAUUUUAAGAUUAUUUCUUUAUUAUUCCAAUACUACUUCUACCACUGAAACCCCAAAAUCUUAAUUGUUCUUGUUUUAUACAGAAGCCUAUUCUAAGGCAAAUCCUGAGAAAAGGUUUUUAUGGAAUUCUUUCCUCCAGUCUAUAAUGAUAUUCUUGUUCUUUUCAGACAAAAAGUGAAGUUUCAGUAACUAAAAUUAUUUAUUUAAACUUCUAUAGAUACUUCACCAUUUGUAUUUGGUUUUCAGUGCUUGAGAACAUUCAGCUUGGCACUAGAUAUUUUUUCCCCACUAAUAUUUACUGCUCAUUAAAAGACUGUGAUGUGAUACUGGAACUGAAUGAUUAGAAUCCUGUUCUACAAACACUCUGUUUUGCCUAGUACCAGGGUAGUCUUACUGAAAAUACUAACCCCUGUGUAAGGUUUUUGCAUACAAGGUCGUAAAUUUGUAACUAAUUCUUGAUUUAUGAACAUUAAUUAUGAAGGAAGGCAUUAUCUUCUAAUGAUACGUACUCAACUUGCCUGAGAUGUGUACUGAUUUUUGUUUGAAGAUUGUGAAUGUAUACCCGUUUGAAGAGUUAGUACCAAUAAACAUUUUUGUCUUGGAAA